CAGGUGUCAGUGGGUUUUAGAGUCUCCGGCAGACCUCUGAGGACUGCACUGUUCUGAGAGGAAGAAGGCCUGUGCAUUUCACUUCCAAGCCUGAGACUGACUCCUGAAAAGAAGGUGUUUUUCCCCCUGUGGACUGGAUGUGCGAUGAAAGCAGCAUCAUUUUUCACUCCCCGACUGCAGGGUUGCAAGCAGCAACCGAAGGAACAUUGAAAUGUAUUUGUAGCGGUUCUUAGGCAUUUUUCCAGAGCUUAAACACAUUCAGUAGAGAUAAAGCUUCAAAUGCAGCCCUUUUUUGGAAUGGAUUUCUAGAGCCUGUUGCCACUCGUCAAAGAAGCACUCUUCUUUUUUGGAAGUGGAUAUUCAAUUCAACCCUGGCUGAAAAAGACUGAUGUAAAUUAGGGAAGACCCCUUGACUGGCACUAUGUAGAAGUUCAUAUGCAGAUUUCUUUUUUCUUUUUUUUUUUUUCUUGAGGAACUGCAUUGCCACAAAGACACUUGUUAUGGCUGCCCUGCUGAUUUGAAAAAGGAAAGGAAAAACCCAGGAAACUGGUAUUUUAUGUUCACCUGGGGGUUGGGGGAAUGUUCUUUUUUCUUCUAUUCAAAAAUUUCUGCUUCCUUCCAAAUAAGAAUUCACCAGGAUUCACUGAAGAUCUUAUUCUUAAAAGCCUUCGUCACAUUUUAACGCAUCACUGUUAGACACUUUCCCAGGCUCACAUAGAUGGGCUGGGCAGAGAAGAACAAACCUAACAUAGAAUAAUAGGUUUCAGAAAGUUCAUCUGACCAUUUGAAGGGACUGGAUUUACCUUUGGCACAAAUGCGGAGUGGAGGGCUGAUAGGGAGGUGAAAAACCCCAAAGGUUGGAAGGAAAUAUCAGGGAAGGUAGAAAAAGGAAAAUUGAGAAUUGAUUGGCUCUAGAGUGCUGUCAGCGGGUGGAUGUCGUUUUUUUUUCUUCUUUUUUUCCUUUUUUUUUUUUUGCUACAGGAAGUGAUUUGCAGUGCUCACCGAGCCUUUGUUGAGAAGGGUCUCCUCUCAGAGUGAGUCAUGCUUUCGCUGUGAGCAGCCCCAAGCAGCUGGGCGCGCUCCAUCAGAGGCAACUAUGACUUUUGCAAAGCAAACGUGCAACCCUAAGCAGCAGGCUCCGGGGCCAGGGCUGCGCGGCCGCUGCUGUGUUGGCUUUUAAUGGUGGGAGGGCACCGUCCUUUGGCUCUGCUCUCCCUCUCCAGAAGGCUGUCCCGGGGACCCCACUCUCCGUCCCGCUCCGGGGACCGUGGCUCGCCUGCUAUGCGCGGCAGCCCGCGCCGGGUCCGGCACCAGCAGCGCCCGGGCGGAUGCAGCGAGCCCACGGAGGGGCAUGCUUCCACGCACCAAGUACAACCGCUUCAGGAAUGACUCGGUGACAUCGGUCGAUGACCUUCUCCACAGCCUGUCGGUAAGCGGCGGCGGCGGUAAGGUUUCCGCGGCGCGGGAGACCCCGGCGGUGGCCCCCUACCUGGUGUCCGGCGAAGCGCUGCGCAAGGCGCCCGACGAUGGGCCCGGCAGCCUGGGCCACCUGCUCCACAAGGUGUCCCACCUGAAACUCUCCAGCUCCGGCCUCCGCGGCCUGUCGUCCGCCGCCCGAGAGCGGGCCGGCGUGCGGCUCUCGGGCAGCUGCAGUGCGCCCAGCCUGGCAGCCCCGGACGGCAGCGCGCCCCCGGCUCCCCGCGCCCCGGCCAUGAGCGCAGCCAGGAAGGGCCGGCCCGGCGACGAGCCGCUGCCCAGGCCCCCGCGGAGCGCGCCACACGCCAACGACCAGGUGCUGGGGCCCGGAGUCACCUACGUCGUCAAGUACUUGGGGUGUAUUGAAGUUCUGCGCUCCAUGCGGUCUCUUGAUUUCAGUACAAGAACACAAAUCACCAGGGAAGCCAUCAGCCGAGUCUGCGAAGCUGUGCCCAGUGCCAAAGGAGCCUUCAAGAAGAGAAAGCCUCCAAGCAAAAUGCUGUCCAGCAUCUUGGGAAAGAGCAACCUCCAGUUCGCAGGGAUGAGCAUCUCCUUGACCAUCUCCACCGCCAGUCUGAACCUGCGGACGCCUGACUCCAAACAGAUCAUAGCGAAUCAUCACAUGAGGUCCAUCUCCUUCGCCUCUGGGGGAGACCCGGACACAACAGACUAUGUUGCAUAUGUAGCUAAGGACCCUGUUAAUCGCAGAGCUUGCCACAUUCUGGAAUGCUGCGAUGGGCUGGCCCAAGAUGUCAUUGGCUCCAUUGGACAAGCCUUUGAGCUCCGGUUUAAGCAGUAUUUGCAGUGUCCUACCAAAAUCCCCGCGCUCCAUGAUCGAAUGCAGAGUCUGGAUGAACCAUGGACGGAAGAGGAGGGGGAUGGCUCAGACCAUCCCUACUACAACAGCAUUCCCAGCAAGAUGCCUCCUCCAGGGGGGUUUCUUGAUGCUCGACUAAAAACCAGACCUCAUGCCCCUGACACAGCCCAGUUUGCAGGAAAAGAGCAAACUUAUUACCAGGGAAGACACUUGGGAGACACAUUUGGCGAAGACUGGCACCAAACACCUGUCAGGCAAGGUGAGAAGCAAGAGUCCUUAGACACCUACAGCACGCCGGAAGGGAACCUGCACAUGGCCCCCCUGGGAGAAGCACCCACUUAUGUCAACACCCAGCAGAUCCCUUCGCAGGCCUGGCCAGCUGUGGCCAGUAGCACUGAGAGCAGCCCGCGGAAAGACCUCUUUGACAUGAAACCCUUUGAAGAUGCUCUCAAGAACCAGUCCCUGGGGCCCAUGUUGAGCAAGGCAGCAUCAGUGGAGUGCAUCAGCCCGGUGUCACCCAGAGCACCAGAUGCCAAGAUGCUGGAGGAACUGAAAGCCGAGCCUUGGUACCAAGGAGAGAUGAGCAGAAAGGAGGCAGAGGGGCUGCUGGAGAAAGACGGAGACUUCCUGGUCAGGAAGAGCACCACCAACCCGGGCUCCUUUGUCCUCACAGGCAUGCACAAUGGCCAGGCCAAGCACCUGCUGCUUGUGGACCCUGAAGGCACGAUCCGGACAAAGGACAGGGUCUUUGACAGCAUCAGCCACCUCAUCAACCACCACCUGGAUGGCAAACUACCCAUCGUGUCUGCUGGGAGUGAGCUGUGCCUCCAGCAGCCUGUGGAGAGGCGACAGUGACCGGCUGGUGCCUCUCCUGACACUGUGAACCAGGUCAAAAGUACCUGGGGAGAUUGGUGUCAGGGAUACAGGAACUGGGGCGGCCCUAAACAGAAGGCUUCCUUCAAGGUCAAGUUUCAUAAACUUACUCCAGAUUUCUCAUCUGCAUAUUAAAAGUGUACAUACCUAUACAUCCUGUACAAAUUAUCCCUCUAUAUUUAUAUUUUUUAAGACUAAGAAAGAUGUAAGACUAACAUUCUGUGCUGUAUGUUUUUAAUGAAAAAAAAAAAGUUUGAUUGUAGUUGUCUAAGCAAAAAUUUAAUUCAAUUGACCCUUUCCACCAGGAAAUUCCACUAGGAAGGUGUAACCUGCAGUUUUACCUAAUAAGCACAACUCAUGGGAAAUAGAGACAUGCGGGGGGAAUAAACUUGGAACUGUAAUAGAACAAGGCAGCGUGCUGCCCAAGCAUGUUUAACCCUGCAUGUCAAACACUAGAAAUGUGGCCCUGUGCUUACUGGUGAAGAAUAAGAGCCCCCUUUAGAUCCUGGCAGUGCCUGCUGUGCUCCCUGCAAUGCAUACCACAUGCUUGGGGUUUCUGGCAGCAGACAGCUCACUGUGGCUUCACUGCAGAGCAGGUGGCAUGCCCACUUCCCUGGGUCAUGCUGGGCACAGGAACGUGCCACCUUCCAUCCUCACUGAGCAGGGGCACUUAGGGAUUUGUUUUAUGCCAAAUAGGGCACAUGAUGAGCCUUGCCAACCAAGAUCUUCAUUGGCAAAUUCUUCCCUUGCUGUCAUCCGUACAAUGAGAAGAUGAGCACCUGUGGAAGUGUAGUCAAGGCAAAUUCUUGGUUUAUAGAUCCAUCUGGCCAUCAGGUUGACUACAGGCUGCUUGUGGCCCCUGCUGGUAAAAUCUACUCCCUCCUCAUAUUCAGCAGGGGAAAAGCCCCGCUGAGGGCAGGUGCAACACUGUCCUCAGAGUCCAGUCCUGGUGAGCUUCCACGUGUGCUGGAAGCUCAGUCUGGGGCUCAGGAGUCACCGGACUCAAUGUGCAGUUCCGAGUAUGGAGUGACAGGGAGAAAAACACCUGCUGUCCCCCCGCAGGGGGUCCAGUUGCUCCACAGGGAGGGCCUGAGCCCCAUGCCACUGUCUUCACUCCUUUCCUUCCAGAUGAAACACUGUCAUGUCCUGAUGGGUCAUUCUGUGUUAGAAGGUUGACAAUGUUUAUUAACUUUUAAAAAAUACCUGGGUGGAAAUUGCCCCUAGCUUUGACAGAUGUAGUUUAAAGGAUAGGUGGAUCCAUCCCUUUGUCGGCACCUCCUCCUGGGGCUGUGACCUUGGUUUUUCUCUGCAUGAGGCCCGGAAGGAUACGUGCUCUGAGUCAGCUGAACUUAAAGAUGCUCCACACGCAAUCAGUGGUAGAUAGUGAGAAAUGUGAUUCUUUAGGAGGAAUUAAAGGAAGACUUCAGAAACUCCAGUGAUUAAUCACCUUAAUGCUAAGGGUCGAAUGCCAUCUCUGCUUGGGGGUGUGUGUGGAUAGAUAGGAGGACAGGGGAGGACUAACAGGUGAGGAUGGAUCGAAAUAGAUCCCAGCCUUCAUAUGUGGUUUUCUUUGGAAUUUUCACCCUUUGUGGGUCCCUUGAAAUCCGAGUCUGUUUUCUUGGAUGUUCUGCAGUGGAAUGGAACUCUGGAGAGCUUGGCACUAACGUAGACCACCCUGCCACUUCCCGAACCAGUUUUGGUUUCAGUCAUAGCCUGUCUAUGGCUCUGAGUUACUAGAAAUGGCGAUGCUGAGCAGCUGGGUUGGGCUCCUGCCUGGCACCAGUAUAGACUUGGGGUGGCUCUGAGGGCUGCCCAUGCUCCUGGGCCCCGGGAGGCCCACAGCCCUGCAGACAACGUGCAGUCUGCCCUUCCUGUGUGAGAGCGUGCUGUGUAGGAAGAUGUGGAGGACCAUCUGCUUUCGCCUUUCACACAUCCUCUAUGCGCGCUGGGCCAAAAUGUUAACAUUAAGGACCACAAGCAAAAUAAAAUAGGGUAGGAGCCACAGGCACCGUCAUGGCUGAUCUAUUUUGUCUUUCCUCCUGGGGGCUUAAGAAAUGGUAAUCUGCAAUUUUAGUAGCUCUCUGCUGUGAAAUGUUUAUUCGAUGGUGAUAGGCAAUAUACAUAUCAAAUAUUUCUUGCAUGAGAAUCAAUUUAGAAAACUGAAAGUAUUGGGGUCAAAUUUUUCUUUUCCAUAUUAAUUCAAAAUUAAUAUUUGUAAGCUUAUAUUAUAAGAUUGCUUAUGCUGGAACAGUGCCAGUGGGAAAAUGGCGCUCCUUUUUAGCCAUCAGACCAGAUUUCAGACGUGGUGGAUGACAGUGAUUUUCUAAUUCCUUUCCAAUUUUUGAAGUGUGUUUAAAUGCACGUGGAUUUAUAUCAAUUCUUCCUUCAAGCACUGUGUGAUGGGCCAUUCCUCUGAGCCUCACUUCACACAUAGGGAAACUGAGGCUGAGUGGAUGCCGCACUUUGCUUAGGGCCAGGCAGUCGCCUGGCUGCAGAGCUAGUCGACUCACUCUGUGUUUCCUGAGCUCUGCUGUGCACCAGCUAUUGCUUGGAGCUCAAGAUUCUGAGGCAUAUACAACGGGGCCUCCUUCCUGUCCAUUCAGGGCCCUGUUCCGCAUGGUUUCUCAGGCCGUGUCUCUGCCUGAGUAGGACAGGGCUGCUGAACAACAAAGGCAGGUGGAAUAACGCUGAGCAUUCCAGGGCUCUGAAUUCCCAGCACGGUUGCUACACACUGUGCCAGGUCACCCAGGCCCUGCUGUCCCUCCCAUGGACACCCCAUAUCCAACCCAGAACUUCCUGUCUGCUGAGAGUGAUGGUGAGGCUGUCAAUCCUAACACGGAUUGUCCCCUCUUCUCUUGUGGGACAGCUCUGAAGGGAGCUGUCCCACAAAGACACCUGCCCACCUCCAAGGGAGCGCUCACUAUGGUUUAAGUCAGCUUUGACUACCAAGCCUCCUCCACCCAGGGACCCAGUCAGGUGGGCAGUCUGGUCAGUACUAGUCAAGUGACUCAACCUUCAGUCCCAUCCUUCAGCUAACCACUGCUGGGCUUUUAAUAUGUAAGGGGCCCAAACUGGGUGGCUGCCCAGCCUUGUUGAGCAACUCUUCUGUUUAAGUCCAUCUUGGAUGUUGGGGCAGAUAGACAGAGGCCUGGUUAGGUCAAUUAUGGUGCCACUGGGGAUGUCCUGGUAAGGGUGGAAGGGGCUGUGGAUAAUUCCAGCGAAGACAGGAAGUGAUCAGGUGUGUGGGGAAGUGGCAUAGAGGGAGGGACAGGCCCAAAGUGCCCACCUGCCAAGGGGCACAGUCAACACAUGUUUAGAGCCUCUGUGCCCUGCCGUGAGGCUCAGAAGGUGGCCCCCAAUGCCAGAAAUGAUGCUUUCCUUUUUGGUAGCAUCAGGUGCUUGGUGGUUCCUUUAUAUAAGCAAUGCUUUAAGACACAUGCAUUGAUUGCCACAUGAAAGUGAUCACCUGUUUUCUUCUUUUUGGGCUGAGCUGGACAGAAGCCUCAGACCACAGGCUUCCCUGCGGCAGUGCCAGCAUCAGGUGCAAGCUCCAUCCAGCCUCAACUCUGGAGCACCCAGAACAAGGUGGCCUGGGGCCAGCUGCUCCACCCCAUGGGGCUGCACACACCUCCCACUGUAAGAGAGUGCUAGGGGCCUGGGAUUCUUCAUUCCUAGAGCAUCUCUUGCCUCUUUCUUGCUGGCCCAAGUGUGUGCACCAUUGAUAAAUUCCUUUCUGUGGAUGGUGGCAGCAGGAUUGGCAGUGGGUGAGAGGGUUGUGGAAAGGUUGCAAAAAGAUCACUGCAGACUCAGACAGAUCAUUGUAGCAAGUUUCAGAAUAAUACUCUGGUUCUCCAGUGGAACUUUUAAAGAUAGUCCUUUAAAAGAUGAAGUGGAUAAACACAGUUCUUGGAACAUAUAGUCAACCAAGAAGUGCCAGCUGCAUUCAGGAUAACAAGGAAGGGAGCUUUAUAAGACAGUCCAGCUGGAGGGGCCCCUGUUCUCCAGAUGAGGAAACUGGAGCCAUGUGACAUGGUGAGGAUGAAUCUCAGAAAUAGCACAGGAUUUACUAAGGUCCUUCACCCCCAGAGAAAAUGGAGCAGUGCUUCUCCCCUGGGAUUUUACAUUUGUGCUCCAUCCCCAAAAUGCAUGAAGGCUGAUUCCCUCUGAUGGAAGAGGCAGUAUUUCUGUGUCUUCUGUCUUAGUUAAGGUUCCUCCAGGAGACCCUGAGAGAGGCUUUUUUCUGUGUGUGUUUUAUUUGGGGGAUGGUCCUUGGAAAAGGGAGGGGAAACAGCUGAAGGGGACAGAGAGUAUGACAAGCAAGUUACCAUGAUGUGGACUAGUGAGAUGGGGUUGAACACACCUUAGAGUUAAUUCAGCAGCAAGUACUGAGCUGGGGUCCUUAUUCCUUGAGUCAUUGGUGGAAGGCUGCAAAGCUGCUUCUGGGAAUAGUUUUUGACUGGUCCUGUGCACACCUGAGCACACUUCCCAAGCAAGGAGAAUCCUCCAGCAGAGAGGAUGGUAUUGGUGAUGAACAGAUUUGGAGUGGAAGGCAGGCAUCAGGCUGGCUCAGACAGAUUGCAGCCCUUACCCACCCCUUCCUGACUCCUUGGGUCUGGAGUGGGGCCUGAGAAUUUGCAUUCCAAAUAAAUCCAGAGGUGAUGCUGGUGCAGCUGGUCUAGAGUCUGGAUUUUGAGGACCACUGACUGGCAAGAUUUUCCAGGCCUCACCUGUCUCUCACUGAUGGCUUUCCUCCUCUAAUUAACAAUUAUGUUUCAUACUACUUCAUGUCAUAGAUCUCAGGGCCCAUGCUGUGAAUUUAAAAGUGGAGAAUUAAUAAGCAUUUAUAACUCCAUGCAACCGUUGCUGGCAGCUCAAAUGCCAUCUGCCAGCCACAAUUUACUUAUAAUGGGGUUUAUACAUAUUUAUAAGUUUGCAAGCAACAAAUGCACACUUUUAAAACUGGCACAUUUUAUAGCAGCCAGAAAAAUUGCAACUUUAUACCAGGACUUGUGAAUGUGAAUUGCAUAUGUAUAUACAUACAUGCAUACACUUACAUCGAUCCGGACUGAUCUGCAUUCCUCUCUGCGCACGCACACAAACUGGCUCUGUGCUGGACACCUUGGGUUCUUCCCUUGGCUUUGGCUUUGUAAUCAACCAGGAUAACUAGAACAUCAUACAAAUGUGAAGAGUUUAGGGAUUGGCAGGCCAUGGAACCUGCUAUAGAUGAAGGGCCUGGGUGCUGUGGGAUGUGGGGCUCCAGCCCAGAGGGAGCAGGAACACGAGGGCAGCGGGGUUUGGGCAAGUCUGCUGCAGGGAAUGACAGAGAAGCCAGUAGGGGAAGAUAAGAAAGAAGAGGGUGGAGGCAGGAUAAAGGUAAGAAGAAGGGAAAGGGAGAACAAAACAAGCAUAGACCGAUAUCCUUACUUACCCAGCAGUGCAUGGGGAAAGAAGAAGGGGAAGGCCUGGCGGGGAGGCUGUCCUUGCAAUGGUGUGGUUGGGGCUCAAGCGUUGUGUUUCCCUGGUUCAGCUGCAUACACUGAUGCAGCCUUCUGGCUUUUCUAACCAGCCUCAGUCUCGUUUCUGCAUUAGUUCACAGGUGGCAGGCCCUGUAUUAGGCUCAGGGGAUAGAGAAGGAAACAUGUGUGGCACAAGGUUUCUUCCUGAAUUUAUAAUCUAGUAGAAAAUACACACACAAGGAUGUUGGAGUGGGCAAGCCUUACGGUACUGAUGUGUCUAAGUUCCAUAAGAUCAGUGAGGGUGGAGCACCUCGGUCAGUCUGGGGAUGCUGAAGGCUCUGCAGAGUAGGAGUCAGAUGUGUAGUGUCAGAGAGGGUAGAGGAGAGUGGGGAUGGCCUGGGAUGGGGCAGGGGAGUUGCCAGUAUCAGCAGGGAUGCUGGGGGAGGGGGGGCGCCGAAGAUGCCUCAGCCUCCCUUCUUUCCUCUCCCCUGCUGGUGCAGAUGCCCUGAAUAAAUGAAUCUCUCAGGCCCCAAACACGCGAGCUCCUUCCUGGGGUUGGAAGAACCAUUCUCAUUGAAGAAAACACUGGAAAGAAAAUAUCUUACAGUUUAACUUUCUAUUAUGCUGUCUUACUUUGAAAUGCUGUAGGUAGAAAAAUACAUACAUGGAGGGUGAAUGCUCUAGUCAUGAGCUUUGGAGGUAACAAAUUCACACUCAUGUAGACAAUUUACUACAACCAAAGUUUCUAACCACCAAAAUCAAGUGACAAUUAACAAAGCAGAAAUUAAUGGAUAAGUCCAUCUUUGAACAUUGAGUUAUCUUCUUUUGUAACAGCUGUGUGUUAGUUGCUAGUGAAAUGUUCCCUGUUCAUUUGACUUUUGAAUAUAACUUGUUCCAGAAUAUUGUAAAAUUAAGUACAUGAAUGUUUCUUCAUAUUCAGAAUUAAACAUUUGGUGUUUGAAUCCCAGGAUUAGGAGACAACUCCAUGUAAAUUUAAUGUGUAAUAAUGAGAUAUUUAUUACUCUUUAAAAAACAUUUGGAUGAAAGUAUACAUAUUGAUAAAUGACUAUUAUUUGACAAUUCUGUUUUGUUUUCAUUAACUUUUGCGAAACUAAAAAAUGGCUGUAAUGUUCUGUGUCUUGACCUAUUACCAAUUCAUCACUUUCUACUUGGAUAUUGGAACCUAAUCGGCCUUUUGGACAUCCCUGAAGAGUGAAAAUACAAAACUCACAGCAAGUAUUCUGACCUUUGUUCUGUGAAAAAUGGUAAAAUCUAAGUCAUGUGGCCAAAAUUUUAGAGAAUUGACAAUACAACAGGUGAAGAGAAUUGGCUUAAAUUCCCUCUUCACCUUCAAUGAGUCUGUUGAGAUCCUUCACUCCUUCAGGAGAUGAUAUGGUUUCCAAUUAUAAGCCCUUUGCAAUACUGUCUGGUGUAUACUUGUGCUUCUGGGAUUGCCAAGUGGAGAUAUCACAUAGCAUACCCAAGUGUCAUCACUGUGAUCCAUGCGUGGAUGAUGACACGCCUAAUUUAGGUAAUGCUGCACUUCUCAUUAUAAUUGGUUAUUGGAAAACGUGCCUUUAUUAUCAGAAUAGUGGUGUGUGCAUUUCUGAUCAUGUAGCAAACCUUUUGGAUAUUCGACUUACAUAUUAAAAACAUUUGGGUGUUGAGGUUUUGCACCUGUAGAUAUAAUUUAAAAGCAUGGAAUUGAUCAUUCAAUUAGACAUUUUCUAUAAAAUGCACCUUGUUACAUUUCUGUGAAAGGCUCUUACCAAUGCGGACUAGCUGUGGCUCAAGGGUUGAGAGAAACAACCAUUUUCUAAAUAGUUAAUUGUUUAAAUGACUAUAAAUGUUAAGUCUGCUGGCAAUAAAGGCUGUUGUGAAAAGU